CAUGGCAGAUUUUAAUCCAUAAGAGAGAGUUAAGAAAAUGGUAAACGCCAUAAAAGCUGAGGUAAUAUUGAUGAUUAUUUAUUUGAUUAGGCUACUGAAAAGUCUGAAUAAAUCAAGGAUAUGGCUGCAUAAUAGUUUAGAAUUGAAAAGAACAAACUUCUAAAUUAAUAGAAAGAGAAAAUUAUUGAAGAAUAUAAAAAAAAGAUUGAAUCAUAUACAAUUGAAAAAAGAAUGUAUAAAUAUUUAAUAGGUUUAGUCAACGAUCUUCAAAAAUUAAUCAAUCAAGAUUGUCUAAAAUGCAAGCACGCUUUGAAUUAAUUUAAAGACUAAAAGAAGAAGUUCGUUAGAGAAUGGCUAAGUUGAUUUAAGAUUAAAGUGUCUAUAAAGAAUUACUUAAAAACUUAAUUAUACAAGGAAUGAUUAAAUUACUUGAACCUAGAAUUGAAUUAACAUGUUUAGAAUAAGAUGUAUAACUAAUCAGAACUGUUUUGGGAGAAUGCUAAUCAGAAUUCACUUAAAUUAUUAAGAGAGAAACAACUAAAGAUUUUAAAACAACCUUAAGUAUUAAUUAGAGUUAAUAUCUAACAGAGAAAGCUGGUAAACCUAUGUAAAAUUAGGAUAUAAACAUUUUUUAGUUUGGGAGGAGUUGUCUUGAGUUGUGCUAAUAGUAGAAUUGUUUGUUCCAACACUUUAGAUGAUAGAUUAGAACUUUCCUUAUAAGAAUUCUUGCCAGAUAUUAGAAAUGGAUUGUUUAAGAAAUGAAAAAUGAGUAUUUACAAUAUAAAAAACAUAUA